AUGCCGAAGAGGAAGCGCACGAAGGGGGAGUCCGGCUCGAAGAGGCCUGAGUUCAGACAAGUCACCGUCUCUGGCGCGGCCGACGGACCGCACAAGGACCACCACUGGGCCAGCAACUAUGUGUCGACGGCCAAGUACAACCUCCUGACGUACCUUCCGAUCGCGCUCUUCGAGCAGUACAGGCGCGUGGCGAAUGUGUACUUCACGCUCAUGGCCGCCCUGUCGGUGACGGAGUUCUCUCCGCUGCGCCCGUUCACGACCUUCACCCCGCUGGUGAUCGUGAUGGGCACGGCCAUGGUCAAGGAGGCGUACGAGGACUUCAAGCGCCACAGAGCGGACCGCGAGGAGAACAACCGCGAAAGCCUCGUCUGGGACGGCACCAAGUGGGAGCCCAAGCGCUGGCACGAGAUCGAGAUGGGCGACCUCGUCAAGGUCCAGCGCGACGAGGCGUUCCCGGCCGACCUCGUCCUCCUCGACUCGUCCAUCGACGAGGGCGUGUGCUACAUCGAGACGGUAAACCUCGACGGCGAGUCCAACCUGAAGAUCAAGCAGGCCGUCGAGGAGGCGCGCCCGCUCGUGCGCGAGGGCAAGCUGUCCGACUUCCGCGGCGUCAUCGAGUGCGAGCUCCCGAACGUCUCGCUCUACACCUUUGCCGGCAACAUCCUCCUCAACCAGCUGGCCGCCAACGGACGCGCGCCGGACCCGAUCCCGCUCGAGCCCUCCAUGGUACUCCUGCGCGGGUCCUCCCUCCGGAACACCCCCUGGGUCAUCGGCACGGCCGUCUACACCGGUCACGAGACGAAGGUCUACAUGAACGCCACGCGCCCGCCCUCGAAGCGCUCCACGAUCGAGCGCCAGCUGGACACGUGCAUCUACGUGAUGAUGUCGCUGCUGAUCGUCAUCUGCGUCAUCGGCGCCAUCUUCUUCGGCAUCUGGACCCGCGACCGCAUGCCCGACAUGUGGUACCUGGUGCCCGAGGACGUCGACACCGUGCAGUUCGACCCGGACAAACCAGCCAUGGUCGGCUUCCUCGGAUUCCUCACCUCGUUCAUCCUCUACGGGUAUCUGGUGCCGAUCUCGCUGUACGUGUCUGUGGAGAUCGUGAAGAUCAUCCAGUCGAUGUGGUUCAUCCACUUCGACAAGGAGAUGUUCGACGAGCGCACCAAGCAGCUGUGCCUAGCGCGCACGUCCAACCUGAACGAGGAGCUCGGCAUGAUCGAGAUCGUCCUGUCCGACAAGACCGGGACGCUGACGCAGAACCAGAUGGAGUUCCUCAAGUGCUCGGUCGCUGGCGAGUCGUACGGCCAGGGCCUCACGGAGGUCGAGCGCGCCAUGAUGCAGCACUCGUACCACCCGGGCGAGCCCCGCGCGCAGGACAACAUCCCGGAGGACCUCGGCGGACUCAAGGAGAAGGGGUUCAACUUCUGGGACACGCGCAUCCUGUUCGGGGCGUGGCACAAGCAGCCGAGCGCGGACAUCAUCGAGAGCUUCCUGCGGUGCCUCGCGGUGUGCCACACGGUGAUCCCGGACCGCGACCCGGAGACGGGCGACGUGGCGUACGAGGCGGAGAGCCCCGACGAGGCCGCCCUGCUGGUGGCUGCGAAGAACAUGGGCUUCCGGUUCACCGACCGCAAGCAGGGCAAGAUCACGGUCGAGGAGACGACCCCGCGCGGCACGGAGAGCGUCGUGUACGAGAUCGUCGCGCUGCUCGAGUUCAACUCGACCCGCAAGCGCAUGUCGGUCAUCGCGCGGCGGGAGGGCGACGGGCGCCUGCUGCUGUUCACCAAGGGCGCGGACUCGGUGAUCUACGAGCGGCUGUCGUCCAAGGUGAAGCAGACGGUCGCGGCGGCAACGCGCGAGCACCUGCAGGAGUACGGCGAGGCGGGGCUGCGCACGCUGUGCCUGGCGUACGCCGAGAUCCCGCAGGCGCGGUUCGACAAGUGGUGGAAGACGUACAUGGCGGCGCGCACGUCGAUCGUCGGGCGCGAGGAGAAGCUGAUGGAGGCGUACGACGACAUCGAGACGGACCUGGUGCUGCUGGGGUGCACGGCGAUUGAGGACAAGCUGCAGGUGGGCGUCCCGAAGACGAUCGAGACGCUGCUGGACGGCGGGAUCAAGGUCUGGGUGCUCACGGGCGACAAGCUGGAGACGGCGGUCAACAUCGGGCACGCGUGCAACCUGCUGCGGCACGACAUGACCAUCGUGCUGGUGAACCCGGACACGGCCGAGGUGGCGGCGCUGGAGGAGGACGGGAAGCGGGAGGAGGCGCGCGCGCUGCAGCGCAAGACGGCGCUGAAGCAGCUGCGGGAGGCCAUGGACAUGAUGGAGGGCGGGACGGCGUCGCGGGAGGGGGGGAGUAAGUACGGGUACAACCACGCGCUGGUGAUCACGGGCGCGGCGAUCGGGUACUGCAUGGCCGACGAGGACGCGCGCGCGAUGUUCUGGGAGGUCGCGAGCUCGUGCAGCAGCGUGAUCUGCUGCCGCGUGUCGCCGAAGCAGAAGGCGGAGGUGACGGCGCUGGCGCGGCUCAAGGGCCUGCGCGCGCUGGGCAUCGGCGACGGCGCGAACGACGUGGGCAUGAUCCAGGAGGCGGACAUCGGCGUGGGCAUCAGCGGGCUCGAGGGCCGCCAGGCGGUGAUGUCGUCGGACUUCGCCAUCGGGCAGUUCCGCUUCCUGGAGACGCUGCUCAUGGUGCACGGGCGGUGGUGCUACAAGCGGAUAUCGCGCAUGGUCGGGUACUUCUUCUACAAGAACCUGGUGUUCGGGCUGUCGGUAUUCUACUACAACGCGUUCGCCUUCUUCUCGGGGCAGUUCACCUACGACCAGUUCUACAUUGGGCUCUACAACGUCAUCUUCACCGCGCUCCCGCCCGUCAUCGUCGGCGUGCUCGACCAGGACGUCGACCGCAAGACCUGCCACCACUACCCGGGGCUCUACCGCCAGGGCAUCCUCAACGAGUGGUUCGGCCUGCCCGCGCGGGGCGGGUGGUUCUUCACGGGCGUCCUGCAGUCCGUCCUCGUCUUCUUCGGCGGCCUCAUGGGCAACUACCUCGCGAUGUCGGACUCCUCCGGCCGCCCCGUCGAGAUGUGGGUCAACGGCGUGACCAUCUUCACCUGCGUCAUCAUCACCGUGCACCUGCAGCUGGCCUUCGUGCUCGACUUCUGGACCUGGCUCCACCACUUCUCCAUCUGGGGCUCCAUCAUCGUCUGGUUCAUCUUCAUCAUCGUCUACGGAGCCGUGCCCCCCGAGUGGAUGCUCGACGAGAACGUGCGCUACCUCUUCGUCGACAUCGUCGCCAAGAUGCCGCGCUUCUGGCUCAUCUGCCUCGUCGUCCCCGUCCUCGCCGUCCUCCCGGACUUCCUCUACCGCGUCCUGCGCCGCCUCGUGUACCCGGACGACCACCACAUCCUCCAGGAGCACAACCUCAUGAAGAGCCGCAAGAGCUGCCUGCGCGGCGGGUGGCUCGCGGGCGCGGGCCUCGUCCGCCGCCUCGCCAGCGCGGAUCUCAAGAAACAGGCCGAGGCCAUCGAGACCGCGCCCGUCGCCCAGUUCGCCGACAUGUCGGCUGGCGCGUCGCCGGAGAAGCUGGGCAUGCCCGCGGUCAGCGACGGGGCCGCACUGCCUGCGCGGAUCAGCCAGGCCGCGAGCGCGGCGAGCGGGGAGGGGAUCGUGUCGGCGUACGGGUCGGUCGGGGAGGACGGCAAGGACAUGCGGCGCCGGAUGAUGGCCAGCAAGUCGGGGAAGGGCACGCCGCAACGGACCACGUCGAGGCGCACCAACGCGAUGCGCGCUGCCAGAGAGUUCGCCGGGGACCUCAACACGGCCGGUCCGUUCUCCGCGGUCCGGUCCUCGCGGCGCGACAUGCACAACCGCGCGCAGAGCCGCGUGCUGGCCGACCUGAACUUCAUGGGCGGCAACCUCACCACCUUCGACAGAUUCACCGCCAAGUUCGCCGCCGAGCGCGCCGCGGGGCUGCAGCAGCAGGUCAAGGAGAAGGUCCACCGGCGGAUCAAGUCGGACAUGCCGCAGGCCAGCACCGACAUGCUCACCGCCGACAUCAGCGACAUCCUCAGCAGGGAGCGCGACGUGCCGCCCGGGCGCGGCAGGCAGCGCCGCGGGAUGAAGCUCGGCCUCGCGCCCGUGGUGAGCAACGCGGGCAACCUCGUCGAAGAUCUCAGCCCGACCUCGCCCGCAGGCGAGGGCAGUCCCAAGAGGGGCUUCGGGGGGGACUCGCGAAAGAAGCAGCUGGCGCCGCUUGGCGAGGGCGUCGAGGACCCGUCGCCGGGGACGCCCUCCGCGCACGCCAAGCUGCGGCGCGCCCUGUCGGACGGCGGGGAAGGGGCGGCUGUGGGCCAGGGGCUGCCUUCGCCACACAUGGCCACGGCGAAGUCGUCCGAGGCCGAGGGGCGCUUCACGGGCUCGGAGGGCGAGGAGGAGGAGGCGCAGGCCAACCCCAAGAAGUAG